GCGGCUGCUCGGUUUGUCAGUCGUUCGACGCUAACGUGGAACGAGGCUGAACGCGGUACUUAAAGCACGGGAGUAUAUGUUUGCUCUACCGCCUUCGGUCUGCCACGAUGUUCGCCACUGCCGGUGAAGACGUCCUGCUUUGGUCCUGCUCGACGCUGCAACCAUGCUUGCGUUUCGACGUUGACAAGUCUCGGACGGUUUCGAGCGUCUCGUGGUCAGCUGACGGGCGGCGACUGGCCUCUAUCUCACAAUUGUGCCAAUUUGUCCACGUCACGGAGUUCUCCACAAGUAGGCACAGGCAUGUGCAGAUUGAUGUUGAGGGCGCAUGUGUGUGUUCUCAGUUCAGCCACCAGGACUGCCACAGCAUGUGUGUUGGUCUGCUGGACGGCACUGUGCAGCUCCUGAAGAAUGGCAGGACCUCCUACUCCUACCAGCCACACAAGGAGAAGGUGACGCGCAUCGCGUUCAGCAGCAAUGAUGGCUUUGUGGCGAGCGGGGCAUAUGAUGGCAGCGUGGCCCUGCUGUCGGCGGACAUCAGGAACACCAAGAUGCUCAAUGAGCCAACUGGAAGGGCAGUGGUCGGGUUGCAGUGGUCACCGCACAGUUGUUUCAAGCUGGUGACCACUUCGACGGAUGGCUUCCUCUACAUCUGGGACACAAGCACCAGGCGCUUGAAGAACCGGUACUGCCUGCAUCCCGAGCGAGGCGCCAGUGGCCUGUCGCUCUCGCCUGUCAAUGAAUCGCUGGUGGUCACGGUCGGUCACGACAGCCGCCUAGUCCUGUUCGACAUGCUCACGGCCAGUGAGCAGGCGUUCGUGCUCACGCCAGAGCCCCUGGAGUCGGUGGCAUUCCUGCCGGAUGGCCAGCGAGUGGUAGGCGGGGCCACGUCGGGGCGGGUUUACCUGUACGACCUGCGGAACACAAGACAGACGCCACCCAGUGUUCUUGGCAACCACCUCAAGCCUGUCACGGCCAUAGCCGCCAUGCACAGUGUACAGGCAGAGCAGCAGAUGAUGGCGUUCGUGAGCGCUAUUGCUGCCAAUGGAGAAGGUGUAUCUGCUGCCAGCAGUGUUCAAUUGCAGCGCGAACUUCCAGUCCGGUUUUCCCUGGGCUCUGAUGCGGAGGCUGCUGGUGAUCUUGUGAUGGCUUCGACACCAAAUGGUGAUGUGCCGACCACCCAGAUUCACCUUGACCCUGGCCAAUCUGGCAGGUUACCAACCAGCCCCAAAGAUGCUGCCAACAUGGCUCUCUCACCUGGUGACGUGUUCCAGGAGGGGGCAGAAUCUCGCAUCCUGGAUGCUUCGUGGGUUUCUGCACACAACUCGAGCACCAGUCCCCGUCGUCGUUCUUUUCGCCUCAGUGACUUCAUGCCGGUACUGAACGAUUCAUUGCCAAGCUCCGAGACGGGGAGCACCUCUGUGACGAGGUUGUCAGUGCGAUCGGCACCUCAGGAGAAGAGCCAGGCAGCAGCCACACUUCCAGGGUUGCCCCACGUGAAUGGCACCCAGGGUCCAACGCACAAUGGUCACCCAACAAACCGGGAUGCUUCUUCGGCAUCGAGCAACUCCGUGCCAUCAAUGCCGGAAGAGCCCUCGCAAAACAUGCAGGACGUCGAGAGGCAGCCCUACGAUCCCACACUGGCCGCUCGCGUGCGCCAUCUGGAAAACAUGCUGGAAAACCACACACGGGACACGGAAAACCUGUUGGCCGAGCAGACGCGCCACAUUGACGCACACCUGCGUCACAUCCACAUCCAAGUGACCCUGAUGCAGCACUCGUUCAUGCGGGACAUACAAGGAAUGCUCCAGCAGGUCUUCGAUGAAGUGGCAGCACUGCGAGCCGACAUAGCAGAACUGCGCAAUGACGUUUAGUGCAGCCAGCGCCCUUGUAUAUAGUUUAUUUUUUUACCGUUUAAUGUUUUACUUGUUUGUAUUAAAGAUGUAUAUUUAAA